AUGACACACCUCGACCUCUUCCUCCAGAAAGGCCCCAACCCGCACCCAUCCAACCCCGCGCUCACCACCCACGCCUCUGGCCUCGAAGACCUCCGCCGCACACUCCUCCUCGACCCUCUCCCCUCCAGCGCAGACGGCCUCUCCGAAUUGCGCAUCUACAUCUGGCUCAUCCUCCUCAACGCCCCUCCCCUCUCCACAAAAGCCUACCUCGACCUGGUCGGCCAAGGCGCCUCCCCCGCCUACGCCAAAAUCCGCGACGACACCUUCCGCACCCUCACCACCGACCCCCUGUUCCGCCGGCGCGUGAGCGAAAAUAGCCUCACCCGCGUCCUCAACGCCGUAGCAUGGAAGUUGUGCGACAGAGAGGAAAGCAGAAGAGAAGGCUGGAACUCCCCGCCCAUGAUGAACCUGUCCCUCAACGUCCCCGACAACGGGAGCGACAUCUUCCACUCCCCCGCCAGCGUCACCAGCGCAGGUGGUGGUAACAACGACCGUCCGUCCCGCUUCGCUCGCGGCUCGGUCACGGAAGACUCUGAAGCCGACUCCACGACCGCCCACACGAGCGUCGGCUACGUCCAAGGCAUGAACGUCAUGGCGGCCCCCUUCCUCUACGCCGCCCGCAGCGAAGUCGAAGCCUUCGCCGCCUUCGACCGGUACGUCACGCACGAAUGCCCCGGCUACGUGCGCGGGAGCAUGGAAGGCGUGCACAAAGGUCUCGCUUUGGUAGACCAGAUCUUAGGGAUCGUGGACCCGAAGCUCGCGUCGCAUUUGCUGGGGAAGGGUAUGAAGGCGGAGAUUUACGCGUUUCCGAGCGUGUUGACGCUGUGUGCUUGUACGCCGCCGUUGCCGGAGGUUUUGAGACUGUGGGAUUUUCUGUUCGCGUAUGGGGCGGGGUUGAAUUUGUUGUGUAUUGUUAGUCAGGUUGUUUUGAUUAGGGAUCAGCUGUUGAGUACGCAGAGUCCAAAGCCGGACUUCAAGCCGCUCAGAGCGCAGAAGGUGAUUGACUACACCGUCAACUUCGCGAGGAAGAUACCGGAGGAUGUUUACGAGCAGAUGCUCUCGCAUGCAAAGUGA